AUGCCAAGCUAUUCUUUGGACUAUUCCAAGUGGAAGCAUAUUGCAGAGCGUGAGGCGCUGGAGGAAGAAGAUGAGAUCCAGAGAUACCAAGGAGAGUUGACCAAGGAGCCAGUGGUCACCAUGGAUGAUUUGUAUGCCAAGGAGGCAGGGCAGUCUGACCGCCACCGGGAUCGCUUGCACGAGCUGAAGAUCCGCAUGGCGGUCGAGGCUUACGAGCAGCGGAGGCCGGCCGACACCGUGAUGCAUCACUAUUGGGUCAAGGAAGCUGGAGACCCUGAAGCUCUUGGAGAGUACUUUCCCACGGGUGAUGAGCGUGACGGGGUACCUAUCUACCGGAACCAGCACGGCCUGGUGCUCAGCCGGGAGGCACACCGUGCCGACAGCUACAGCUGGGUGAUCGGUUGCUUGGCGGACCGAAGGCCCCUCUACGGGGUGAGGAGCGACGAUUUGUCCGCACCGACCUUGGGAUGGCAGGCCUUCACAGCUCCUGAACCAGUUCCGGUGAUCCGCUAUUACACGAAAGUCACAGCGGCAAGAACCUUCAAGGAGCGGGGCAAUCGUGCCUUUCACCAGCGCAACUGGAAGGAUGCUGAAUCCUGGUACAGCCAGGCAUUGAAGUGUGGAAUGGAUGAAGAACAUGCAGAACCGUAUGCUCUGCUCUUCUCCAACCGCUCGGAGGCACGGAUGAAACUUCAAGACUUCAGAGGCGCAGCGGAGGAUGGGGACGAGGCCUUGAAGUACCUCAAGUCCAUCAGCGCUUUAGGAUCCUUGGGCGAUGAAGGUCAGGCUUUACGUCGGAAAACGGUGCUGCGCCUGGGGCGGGCCUUGCAAGCGAUGAACCGGAUGUCAGAGGCCAUGCGCUUGCUGCAUCAUGAGCGUCGAAACUAUCCUGAGUGUCAGGAGAUGCAGCGCAUGGCGGAGUCCACCCGCUUGGCGCUCCGGUCCUUGGGCCGUGGCACCCCGGCGCAGUCCCGGGGCGAGAGGGAGGAGCAGGGCAUGGACAGCGUGCAUGGGCGGAAGCUAAUGGAGUAUGUGGCCAUGAUCAGUGAGGCCCUGCAGAAGGAGAUCAACAGCUUGAAGAAAGGGAAGUUCAGUGUGGGGAGCUCUGCGCUGCCAGCGAGUCUGAUGAUGUGGCUGGGCAAGUUGGAAUAUCUACUGUUGAAGGCUCAGCAGGUCGAAGAGGAGGUCUUGGAGGACCUGCAGGCACUUCUGCAAACGAACGGGGUUUUGCGAUACCUCUUGAACAUGCUGGAGGCGCAAUGGCGGAUGAACAUGGACGGCAGGUUUGUCGACUUGUUCAAGCUCCCGGGCGCCUUUGCCGUGGCCUCCGUGACAGCAUUGAUCUGUGAGAAGAAUGAGGCCAAUCUCAGGUUUGUCGCAUCGGAAGCAUUAUGUUUGUGGGCAUUGCUCGGUGGCUGCAACUGCAAAGUGCAGAAAGAGGUCUGCGAACGACUGGUGUCCCUGGUACAUGGACUCUGGGAACUCUGCAGACCACAGACCUUAGAUCUGAUCCAGUCCAACAGUGUGGUGGUGGAGCGUGCCGCCUUCUACUUGGCUUCGGCGCUUCAAUCCUCGCCGGAGGACGACCCGGUCUUCGGCCCGGACUCGCCGCCGGUGUCGCUGGAGUGCAAGGAGCAGGCAGCCUUACUGCUCUUGGACUUGCUGGCGUUGGGCGGACGCUUGAAGCGCCGGUGUCUUCGGGGCUUGAUGCCCCAACUGGGUGGCUUCUUCCAGAGCUCGCAGCCGGCGGUGCGGACUCUGGGGGAGCUGGUGGCCAAGAAUGCCGUGGACGAUCCGCAGCUGGUGGACCAAGCACAGGUCACCCAAUGUUUACACGCGGCAAAACGGAUGCUGCCCGCUGGGGUCAAGGUGGAGAUCAAGGGGCAGGAGAUGAUCUUUGUGGAGAAAGACUGGAAAGAAAGCAGGUAUUGUGGCAUUCUCUUGGAGGUCGUGUCUAAGACUCUCGAGCAAAAGCUGCUGAAGGAUCGUGAGUUGGAACGUGGAGCCUACGAGGCAGCCUUCAAUGCAGGAGCUGGCGUUCCUCUCCUGGUGCCACUUCUGCAGGCGCCCGAGCUGGGGGAGCAUGCCUUGAGAGCUCUCAGCACGAUGGCACAGACUUACCUGGAGAAUGUGGAGACCAUCAUCAGCUGUGGUGCCCUGGAGGCAGUGCUUGGCUUGCCAUUCCCUGCCACGAAGCCCAUGGCAUCGCACAUGAAUGAAACGUUGCAAAUGCCGGCUGCACGAAGAUAUGCCAGCAGAUUGCUGAUGCAAUGCACGGCAUCUAAAGAGUUCAUGAAGGUCAUUCAAGACAACUCUGAGCGGUGUGUACAGGAGCUGGUGAAGCUGGGAAUUCAACUGUGGGACGAUGGUAUCAGCAGUGCUGAAUCGUUUCAAGACGUGAUGCACGUCUUCCACGCCAUUGCGUCACAUCGACCUGACAUCCUCAGCACCAACCUGAGAGAGGCGGAGAUGCUCCAGUUGCUCUUGCGUUUGGAGAAAAGCAACGUGCCCGACUUAACACCUUUGGCAGCGGAGAUCUUGAAGAUCUUGCGGAAGGAUCGGAACUUCAAGCGGAUCUUCGCGCCGGUGAAACGGCUCUACGAGGAGGGCUACGACCCCGAACUGGAGCUGAAGCUGCGGCAGACGGCGACGGCCUUGCCCAUGAGGACGGUGAACUGA